GUCACGACCCACCAGUUGAGCUAGCUAGACGUGACUUCAUUUGCAACUUCUCACUUUCGUCACCACACUUUCAGUCAUGUCUAUUUAUUAAUUUUAGUCCUGCAAAUCUCUUUUUCCUUUUCCACUAACUAUUCUCCACAUCACUAUUCUAUACGAUCUGUUUAUCUCAAAUUCCCUUUUGUCCUUUCAUUGAUGCCAUAGUUGCUGUGUCUGUGUUUAAUUGAGGAUUGUCUUGGAUUAGCUGUUUGAGAAAGCCUUAAUCUGUUUGAGUCACUGAGACACAGUUUAUGAGAGAAGAGCUGAGGGUAAUCACAGAGAGUGCCAGGCAACAGAUGGGCCUGUGCUAGUUAACCCGAGAGAAACCUUUGAGGAAAAACAGUACUCUUAGGCAAAGAUUUUAGAUGGACAGUGAGGGUGUUAAAGAACAACAAAGUGAGGAAGAAAUGGAGCAGGAAAUGUCCUGUGAGAAAGACGAGGACAGCGAACCAGAGGAGGAAGAUGAAGCUGAUGAGGAUGAGGAGGAAAUGGCAGAAAUUAUGGACCGAGGGGUUCUGAGGGACACGGAGGUCUGGAAUGGGUUUAUUUCAGGAGGAGGACUUGCAGCUGAAGAGGAGGUGCUGCUGGACUGGAAGCCAGGUGACUCUGUGACUCCUCAGUAUGUCCUCAUGCUACCAGGAUACACCGACGACUACCUGUGCUCCCCAGAAGACAACGUCUACAACAUUAGCUUUUCACGAUUCAAAAUAAGAGACCUAGAAGGUGGAUCGGUCAUUCUGGACCUAAAACGACACUGUCCGACAGCAAUAAAGGAUAUCAUAGAGCUGGAUGCAGGCCGUUUCAUUCAGUAUCAUUUCAUUCCAGCUUUUCUAAAUCUCAGGGAGAUUGGAGCCACGCUUGAGUUUACAGUGGGCGGUAAGGCAGUCAACAAGUUUCGGCUGAUUGAGAGUAAUUAUUUUAAUUCAGGUGUCCCAUUGGGGCUGACCUCCAGGAGGAAGGUAGUCAUGACAAAUGCCUCCAACACAGGUUGGGGAGCACUGUACGAGGGCAGACCAGUGUUUGGCUCUUGGACACAUCUGGAGCAAAGCUUGCACAUCAACUGCCUUGAAAUUAUGGCUGUUUCUCUGGUCCUGAAAGCCUUCAUACAAACCUUAAAGGGGCAUCAAGUCCUGGUCCGCUCAGACAACAUGACGAGGCUGUUGGAUAAGGGGCGCACCCCUUCCACGCUCAAUGUGUAUGUGGCAGCUAUCAUGGUGAAUCAUGCUCCUGUGACUGGCCAGUCAGUCGACAAAAACGACCUUGUCAUUAAAUUUCUGAGGGGAGGGUUGAGGGGAGGGGAGGGUUGA